UAUUGGACUUUAGGCACACGUUAUGGUGCCAGUUUGAGGAAGCAGAUCAAGAAAAUGGAAGUCAGUCAGCACAGCAAAUAUUUCUGUGAAUUUUGUGGAAAGUAUGCAGUGAAAAGGAAGGCUGUUGGAAUCUGGGGUUGCAAAGAUUGUGGCAAAGUGAAAGCAGGCGGAGCUUAUACGUUGAAUACUGCUAGUGCCGUUACUGUCAGGAGUACCAUCCGUAGGCUGAGGGAGCAAACCGAGAGUUAGAUUUGGUCAUUUCUUGAUCUACUUGGCACAUUUCAGAAGGGUUUUUUUAACAAUUUUGAUUACUGGUUAAAAUACAUUGCGAAUGGGAUCUUAUGCUUAAGUUUGAACACUAUGCAUGUGCCUGAAAUUCAAUCAUUGAAGCUACUCAUAUUUGAUCUUGAUUUCAGAU